AAGGAGUCGGCCAAGGAGAAGCAGCUGAAGGAGGAAGAGAAGAUCCUGGAGAGUGUGGCAGAGGGCCGAGCUUUGAUGUCAGUGAAGGAGAUGGCCAAGGGCAUCACCUAUGAUGAUCCGAUUAAAACCAGCUGGAGAGCACCUCAUUACAUCCUGGCCAUGUCGGAGGCCCGGCACGACCGUGUGCGCAAGAAGUACCACAUCCUGGUGGAGGGAGAAGGGAUCCCGCCCCCCAUCAAGAGCUUCAAGGAAAUGAAGUUCCCAGCAGCUAUUCUGAGGGGCCUGAAGAAAAAGGGAAUUCAGCAGCCAACACCCAUACAGAUCCAAGGCAUCCCUACCAUCCUCUCAGGAAGAGACAUGAUUGGCAUUGCCUUCACUGGCUCUGGGAAGACCUUGGUGUUCACCCUCCCGGUGAUCAUGUUCUGCCUGGAGCAGGAGAAGAGGCUGCCCUUCUCCAAGCGAGAGGGACCCUAUGGACUCAUCAUCUGUCCCUCGCGGGAGCUGGCCCGGCAGACCCACGGCAUCAUCGAGUACUACUGCCGCCUGCUGCAGGAGGAUGGGCUGCCCCCGCUGCGCUGCGCCCUCUGCAUUGGGGGCAUGUCUGUCAAGGAGCAGAUGGAGACGAUCAAACAUGGUGUGCACAUGAUGGUAGCAACCCCUGGCCGCCUGAUGGACCUGCUGCAGAAGAAGAUGGUGAGCCUGGACAUCUGCCGUUACUUGGCCUUGGAUGAGGCUGAUAGGAUGAUUGAUAUGGGCUUUGAGGGGGACAUCCGUACCAUCUUCUCCUACUUCAAGGGCCAGCGGCAAACCCUCCUCUUCAGUGCCACAAUGCCCAAGAAGAUCCAGAACUUUGCUAAGAGUGCCCUGGUGAAGCCAAUCACCAUUAACGUGGGGCGAGCGGGUGCUGCCAGCCUGGAUGUUGUGCAGGAGGUGGAGUAUGUGAAAGAGGAGGCCAAGAUGGUGUACCUCCUCGAGUGCCUGCAGAAGACCCCACCACCGGUGCUGAUCUUUGCAGAGAAGAAGGCGGAUGUUGAUGCAAUCCAUGAGUACCUGCUCCUCAAGGGUGUGGAAGCUGUGGCCAUCCAUGGAGGGAAAGAUCAAGAGGAACGGACAAAAGCCAUUGAGGCCUUCCGGGAUGGGAAGAAAGAUGUUCUGGUUGCCACUGACGUUGCUUCCAAGGGCCUGGACUUCCCAGCCAUCCAGCAUGUCAUCAAUUACGACAUGCCAGAGGAGAUAGAGAACUAUGUUCACCGCAUCGGGCGUACAGGCCGUUCAGGCAACACUGGUAUUGCCACCACCUUCAUCAACAAGGCUUGCGAUGAGUCGGUGCUGAUGGACCUGAAGGCCCUGCUGCUGGAGGCAAAGCAGAAGGUGCCGCCUGUGCUCCAGGUGCUGCACUGUGGGGAUGAGACCAUGCUGGACAUUGGAGGUGAGCGGGGCUGUGCCUUCUGCGGCGGCCUGGGCCAUCGCAUCACUGACUGCCCCAAGCUGGAGGCGAUGCAGACCAAGCAAGUCAGCAACAUUGGCCGCAAGGACUACCUGGCCCACAGCUCUAUGGACUUCUAGCCUGGGGAACACCCUGCCCAGUGCCCUCCU